AAGACGCGGCGUGGUUCGCAAGGCUACGACAAGGUAAAGUCAACUAACUAUCCGGCCUCGAAGAGAAACAGAACAGAGUAGCUAAGCAGAAUCUCGAGGCAGGAUAGCCAGGAAGAGCUAGGUUGUAGCCGAGGCGAGGCGAGUUCGAGUAGGGAUGGGGCAAGGCAAAGCGCAUUGGCGAGGCAACGCUAAAGCAACGGGCCCAAAGACGUCGGGACUCGAGCUGGCUCUGGUGGCGCGUUCACCUCCCGCUCGAACGCAGUACGCUUCGGACUCUCGCGCAGGCGAGAUUGCACCAAUCCGCUCGGUCGAUCCGGCGACCACGUGCGCUCCGAACGUUCCACGGGAACCGGCUGUGUUUUGGUGACGGGACCGGGCCACUAGGCCACGUGUUUUUCGCUGGCUUCUUACAUCUGACAGAACUAAAGAAAGUUCUUUAACGGAUACGCGUGUUCUUUGAGGUUUCUAGGAUUCGUAAGUGGAACAAGGACGAGGAGGGUUAAGAUAUAUCGUAAUUAUGAUCCAAUUUCUGGAUGUUUCGAUCAUGUAUGAAAUGGACAGAUUGCAGUUAAGAACGCAAUAGAGUUAUCGAGAUUAUAAAUAGACAUGAUUAUUGAGGAUCUGCGGUUGUGUUAAUUUGUCGAGCGAAGGAUGUACGUAGAGGUGUGGUUGCUAUGGUGUAAUAGGAAUCGCGAGGAUGGAAUUCGAUCGAGGAACGAUAUAAUUCGCGAUUAAGAGUACACGUGGAUCGGAACGUCUCUGCGAUGGUUCAAUUUAAUCGGGAAUUAAUUCGAUCGAUCUGGAUAACUAUGGAUCGUGAGAAGAAGAGAUACUAGUUCUAGCUCUGUCCCUAUCAUAGUGUGACGAAUAAGUGGAAAAAAGAGGAUGUGGAAGUGUAGAUAAGGGGAGUAAGAUGUUCCGUCCAGAAGCAAAAGGUGAAUUUUAUAAACUGGAACGCUCCGCGAGCUCCGCCCCGCUGUUUCAUUAAAGCAAUUCGCUACUGUGAAUACGGAAUACGUUUUUACUGGGUGGUCGUCUGAAGCAAUGAACGAUUGAAAAAAAGACUUGACGAGUCCAAGUUUAGAUUUAUUUUAUCCAUGUCGAGCGGCUAUACACUGGUCGGUUCAUUAGACUAUGAAGAGCGGAAGUGACGUUAUACUAUAUCCAUCGACAUCGUGUUCGAACGUCAAGCUGAUCGAGAAAGGAGACGUUCGAUAAAAACAAGACGGAAAACGUCUAGUCGAGUGGCCAGAUAGAAACACGAAUAUUACAAUCCUCUUAAAGUCUUAAUGCUUCGUUAACUAACAAUAAGUAAAGCUCAGUACAUAUAGAGACCCAUAUCUAUCCAUUCGAACGGGAAAUUUUACUCGUCGUAAACGAACGUUGAUCGAGAGAUCUGUUCUCACGGUUCGAAUUAACAGAAAGGUGUCGAGAACUUGGAGCCUGGUUCAAGCGACAAAGAAACGCAAUCUCAUCACCGAUCAUCAUUCCACGAUCAUCGUUCCGAGGCGAAACUGAACGUGAUGGCGAAUGAAUUUGGAAUGGUCACGCUAGCGUGAAUCGAUAUGAGAGAUACGCGCCGAUCCGUCGACACCAUUGUUCGGUAACGAUGGUCUUAUGGAUGGAUCCAUUGAUUCGUGAUCCGUGUUACAAAUAGGCCGAGAAAGAACUAGACGUAGAACACGAGGGAAAAAAGAGCUAUCAAGGAAACAAGAGGAGAAGAAGGAAGGAAAAGAGGCGAGCAAAGCGUACGAACCGACCGGGAGCAGGAUUGACGGGAUGCAGAAGAAACGGUGGUGCACAAAAAACGCUUAAAGCGACAGAGAUACCGGGUUAAUUAGAUUAUCGACGGUCCCAGGGAGUUGCUCUCUGAAAGAGCUACCAGCACGACCAUACAUGGUCCACCGGCCUACGAAGAAGCUGGAGCGUCGCGUGGGAGGUCGUGUAGCUUCCACGCUCGUUUUUACGUAGCUCGGGAAGACGGAUUCGUGUGCUCACCUUGGAACCCACACGUCGGCCGCGAUUAUUAAACAGGCUGGUUGCGCGUCUCGUUUGCGAGUACCGGUCUGUCGAUUUGCUGGCAAACGACUUUUCCGAGAAGGCCAGCCAUCACUGAUCGUCCUUUGAGUUGGUUUCACGGUUACGCGCGAUGAUCGCCGAUCUCCAAGAUUUCAAAAGCAAAACGAGUUCGUUUUAUUGCUCGAUGAUAUCGAUCGAGGUUGCAGGAGGGUACGCCAAUCAGACAUCUGCAAAGGAAGAAGAUCGCGAAGAAAAGAGAAAGAAGGUUCCGUCAUCGACUUGAGAAAUCGUCGAAAGUUCGUCGAUCAGUGGUCAAGAAUAACUAGUCGUGAAAGCCGAAUCGCGUGCCAACUUUCAAUCUCGGCGCCGAAUGCCCGCUACGCACGCCAAGAUCGCGUUUAAAGCGGCGUCCGCAUCCUAUAAAUCCAGAUUUCCGCGAUUCCAGUGAACCAGUCAGCGGCUGGCCGCGUAUAUAUGUCGCGCGGCUUCUCUGCUAGAUCAUUAGACCCGCGUGGAGGAGCAUUAAGAACGAUGAAAGUGUAGCGGAGCGUGUUAUGCAAAACAGUCGACGGAACCAGAAAAGCCUGAUCCCGCUGAUCGAUCCGCUCUGCCGUCGCUACGAAUUCGAAGCGAUCUCUGGGAAUGCGUCACGCUAUCGCGGAUCGAUUUCAAUCCUACUAUCGAUCUACCGAAGAUUACGCAACUUCGAAACUUGAAUCAGGCUUAUGCAACGGUACAUCCACUUUGCGAUCAUAGCAGUCAUUGGUAUCAACGAUGAGACUGGUUAACGACGAAAAAAUGAUUCUCAAUACUUCCUAGUUCUUUAUCAACAACUUUCAUCGUCGUCAUCGUGCGAUAGUCUUUACCAGGGCUAGUCGUUGGUUCUUUACGAACUUUAAUCUCUUCAGGAAGAUUCCUCAGCCUGGGAUUCUUGAGAAUUGAAUUGCAAAUCGCGGUUAAAUAUGGAUCGAUUCAAGGGCGUUUCGAGGCUCGCGCGGUGAUCGAAAGUCGAGCGGCGGCGCUCGACCGAUCACGCGGGACUACGGACGGGAGCAAAUAUGUCGGUCGCAGGAACCAGGAGGCUAUGCAGAGUAGGCCUAGUCGCCGUGCUGGUCACCGCGUUGUGCGUGUUGACUCUGCUUGAUUCGCCGCCACAACUCCCGGAUCCACCAGCGGAUCCUCCUCCUACGCCUGGUGGCGAACCCCCGGGCACAAGAAGCAUCGUGGCUUACUCAUGGGCGCGGAGAUUGGCACUCGAUUACAGACCCUCCAAGGAGUGCGACGGUAAUGGAACGUAUGGAACGACGUUAAAUACGUUCAAGUUAACCGAUGAGAAGUGGCUCGAGACAAUCCCCGGACAGCUCUUCCUGUACAGCGCCCACUUGGACCUGAGAGUGGCCGGUUACCCAAGCCUCAGGGUGAUUGGCGUUAAACGUGGACCUCUACCGACCUCUAGCCUUUUCUGCACCGUCUGGUACAAAGAGGAAGAACGUGGCAGAGCUGUCAGCGUGGAGGCACUUGUGUCGACGAUUUGGUUGGACGAGUGGGGCGAGACAGUAGAUAGCUAUGCGGGGAUCCUCGUUGGUUGUCAAUUACCACCGGAUGCAGCGAUCGAGCCGUCGAAGGUGUACGUAGGCCUGGAGCCCUGCCACCAGAAUGCUAGUCAUAGUUUAACGAUAAACGGGGAAGACAGGAACGAGGCGAAGGAACGACGCCGUCAGUUCACACUUUGCAUCAAGGGUUUGGACUUCGACGAGGACAUCUCUCGGAAGAUCGUCGCUUUUGUCGAAUUCCACCGAAUAUUAGGUGCCGAGCACUUUUAUUUUUACGUGUUCAAUGUUCACGAGAACGUGUUGAAGGUGUUGAGGCUGUACGAGCGAUCGAACGUGAUCAGAUGGUUCAAUCUGACGUUGCCGGGCGAUCUACCGAACGAGAAGAUCGCUAGAAGGCGGUUUCUCAGCGAGGACAUCUGGAUCAAGAGACGUAUGGAGCUGAUACCCUACAAUCACUGCUUCUACGAUAAUCUUCAUCGAUCGGAAUUCGUGCUGCCCAUCGACAUCGACGAGGCGAUCGUUCCGGCCAGAAGAAAGAACUGGUAUGAGCUGUUGCUCGACGAGAGGAUCAAGCUUGGAAGAAACUUCAAGGACUUCGCCUCGUAUUCAGUUAGAAACGUUUAUUUCUUCCCUGAGCUGCAGACCAGAAAUCAAACCGACCGCGCUAGCUUCGAGGUCAAUUCCACGAAUAUUCUGCCUGAUCUGGAUUAUCUGGACACAAUCAGAACUGCUUGCAUCUCGCCAGAAGGUGACUCGGUGAAGAGCUUUGUCUCGACCAGGCGCGCGUUAACGGUGCACAAUCAUUACGCUCUGACCACACUGAAUCCAUCUACCAGACGGGCGCACCAUUUUGAUCCGGAAGACGUGUUAAAGCAUCAUCAUAGAGCCUGUGAUGAUAGACACUUGGACUGCGAGAUUAUGAUGGGGGACGUUAGGGUCGAUGAAUCCGCAUUGAGGUACGCGGAUGAACUUAAUCGAAGGAUGAGGACGUUUUUCAGCGACUUCAAAGCAUUCACGUAGCGGGAAGAAUGAUGUAUAUAAUAAAAUAGAAUUAAUCGAUUGUGAUGUAUUUUAUUGAUUCUUCAUCUCCUUAUUAGAAGAAUAUGGUGAGUUAUAUAUAUUAAAAUGUCCUUGAAUCUAAAGAGUUCUCUUAUCUUAUAUUUUGGAACUCGUUAAAAUGUUUCCUUUAAGCUAUUAAGCAUUCCAAAACUUAUAACAUCGACAAGAGUAGGCUCAUCGUAUCUUUUCCCUGUUGAAAUUCUCGAAAAUUUUCUUUCGCAAUUCUCUGUUUAUGCAAAAUGAAGAUAUUUAAAAUAACAUUGGAUACAAGCGGGCACCGUUCCGCGAAAUGAAAUUUGUAUAAUUAAAACGGAAGAUUACACGAAAUCAGGGACACGAACGAGCUAUUUCAGCAAUGCACCUCCGCAUUACCUCUGGGAAAUAAGAUAAGAAGACAAUGCGACGUUUGCAACUUGUAACCUACGUCGUUCUUACAAAGAUCAAACGUUCGUUCAAAUUUACUUGUAACAUGGUAAAAGCAACAAUUCAUGCCGCUUUGGAGAAUAUAACUACUAUAAUUAGAAUAAAAAAACUUCGCUUCACUCUUUUGCGAAUACUUCGCCGGUACCUCGAAUGAUAUGAUAAUGAAAUGCACUCAUGGGAAAUUUUCUCCCUGUCUAGCACGUCGCAUCACUUUAAGCGCGAUGCGCUCAAAUUAUAACUCUUUGGCUACCAAAACGAGAAAAUCUAUUCUUUGUUUUCAUGAAGAAUAUCGCGAAUUGUAUCUAUGUUUCAUGCUUUUAACGCUGAAUUGGCGUUGCUAACCUCCUUUAUUGUGUUGUUUUCUUUUCUGCGUGGUGAGAAUGGAGAACAAGUCAUACUUAAGCAACCUCUUUCACUGGCCAGUCUUUUAAUAGUCAAAUGUUCUCACAAAGGAAUGCAACAGUAGCGUGAACAGUAUGAACUAGUACGAGAACGAGUAUAACAACAGUAUGUGAAUGCAAAAUCUACUUAUAUUCUAGUCCUAUAGUUCUGAAUUAGUGUUGUUUACCUUUUCUAUUAUACCAUAUUCUUGCAUCUACAGAAAAAACAAAUUACAUUUGACCAAUUUCCACUAUUGACUACUCUCUUUAUUGAAAAACGUCCCUACGAAAGGUCAUGGUAUUGUGACCGUGAAUGCGAAACCUAUCAAUAUUCCAGUCUUUUAACUCUAAAUUCACAUUAUUAUCUUCUUUUAUUAUUCUUCUUUUAUUAAACGGUCUAAUCGCGUUUAAUCAUUUUCUCCUCUUAACCCCUUUGAUUGCAAAACCUCUUCAUAAAGGUUCACGGCAAUAUUGCGAACGUAAAUACACGCUCAAUGCAUCUUCAUAGACUAUUCUCAUAAUCAUUUCCUUUUUAUAAUUCUUGGUCUAGUUUCUUCGUCUAGUUCUAGUUUUUCUGAGUUGCAAUAACAUUCUCUGAGGUCAAUACCACCUAAUGACAAAAUUCGCAAUCACUUUGUGCCAACCUAAUACUUGUCUCCUCUGCCUGCAACUCAGAGAAAUUAGAACUAGACCAAGAAACUAGACCAAGAAUCAUAAAAAGGAAAUGAUUAUGAAAAUGGUGGUAUUGACAAAAUCCGCAAUCACCUACCUAACCCCAACCCAAUAGUUUGGUAUAGAGAGAAACGAGGUGCUUGUCACGGCGUUCGGGGCAGCGUUUACAGUGGUAAACAAGGGUUGAAUAGCGCGCUAUUCGAAAUCCACGGCGCCCACAGCUCUAGAUAAAUUUUACGACGCGCAUAAAGCGACGUGGAAGGACCGGCAAGGUCAUAACGAAGUUUAAUAGCUCAUGAGCAGAGCGUGUCCCACAUGCUUGUUAGACAAACAUGCAGAUAACACGGAAUGUUAUUUGGAGAAGAGAUAAGUGACUUCCAACUGCGAGCUUCCCUCAAAUUCUCUCUCGCUUUUCUUAUAGAAUGUUACACGAGGACUUCCAGCAGAGUUGCUGAUCCUUUUAGGUCGAUAUUCACCGACUAGACUCGGGAGCCGGAUAUAUAAAUCCUGUGAUAUUCAAUUAGCGAGAUGUUGUAACAACUUUCAUGCGCAGAAAGAAUAUCGAAUUUGAUAAGAGAACGUCAAUUUUGAAUGAUAUCUCUUUUUUGAUGGGAGGGAGGUGAAAUGAUAUCGGCCGAAGUGGAGGUUAGAGUCAUUUAAAUUCGAAUCAAUAAUAAGUAAUAAUAAAUUGAAUAUUUUGCUGUAAUCUUUAAUUGUCUUCCAUAUUUAUUAAAUUACUACAUUUUUAAUAUUGAUCUUGCGAAAAUGUUGUGAUUUAUGUUCUACAAAAAUGUAAAACACAAGUAACACAAAAAUUUAAUUACAGAUGUCUUUCAGAAAAUAGAAGAAUGGUUUUAUACAUAUGUAUGCACCAACGUGCACAGUUCGUCGUAGAAACACGCAGAAAAUUAUGUUCAAAGGAACGGUCAUUACUUUGAGCGUUCUUCAUGGAAAUUCUAUCACAAGAUCUGGAAUACACAUAGGGCAUGUAUGCAUGUACGACAAACUUCUGUGAUGUUUCCAGCAGAUCGUUUCAAAGCAACAACUUUACACGCGCUAUAAGUAUGGUCCGCAUUAUCGAGAUAAGCGUUAUUUACUCUCGUUCCUAGCGUGAUGGCGAGUACUAACUAAUGAUGAAGAUGUAGAUAAAUCCCUAGCGUUCAUUCUGCGCCAACGCUUCAAUUUAAAGCUGCUUAAUGCUUUGAUACAUAAUAAACAUUCAAUGAUACACUACAUGUACAAUAUAUUAGAAAAUUCAAAUUUUAUAUUUGUUGAAGGGCUUAAUGAAAAGCUGAUACAAAUGACAAAAUUUUCAUUAAUUUGAGGAAGGUAUGGAUAAAUUUAAAUUAUUACAUAAAUCUGUAUGCUUUCAAGCAUCAGAACAUUCUACUAUACAUUCUAUCGCUUAAAACUAUAAGGACACUUAAUUAUUUCUUGACAAAAUUUAUUUUAGUUACCAAAUUUUGAAUAAAUCGGGCUGCAGUGGCUUGUAUUUGUUAUAGUUAUCAAUAUCUCUCCAUAAGAAAAUUCUGCAAGUAAAUAUAAAUAUUAUGCAUCGUUUCUCGUUACAGAAGAAAAAAAAACGCUUAUACUACUUGUGCAUUGAGCCUCUCAAUUAUCAUCUACCAUGACAAAGUUACUUAGCAGCCACCAUUUUCUUCGAAACGAGCCAUUUCACAUCGCGAUAUGCAAAUAUUCAAUAUAAAUCGCAACGAUCCUACACGCCCAGAUGCAACGCGUUAACAAACCCGAAAUAACCCUCCUCCUAUAUCGAAUCAUAAUUUACAUACCAAUUCUCUAGUUUCGUAGUUUUCACUGCAUCGGUUUCACCGCUGUCAGAUCGACCGCUAAAGCAGACAAUGAGACUGAGAGGGUUAACGAAGUAAGCGGAGCCUAGGUGAACGGAACGCAUCAAGAUCGACCCAGUUCUGGAUAAUAAUAAGUCGCAGCAAGUGGAACGGAUCGGCUGGAUAAGGUAUCGGGACAGUGGUAAGCACGGGACGCCCGCUAUGUUGUAUGUAGGUAGGGCAGGUAAAUCGCACGAGGUACUCGUUCACGCGCACGUUCUCUUAAAUUCUGUUCUUAAUUUUUUCUCGCCUCCAGAUAAGUGUGAACCACCAACGAACUCUAUCAUCAACCGAGUCCCGGAUAAUUUAUUAAGGAUCAAAUAAUAGUUUAUCAUAGCUGGACUAUUUACUUUUUAUGUAUUAUGGGAAAUUUGAAGAUGGAGGAAUAUAGAGAAUCUCAGAUAACAUAAAAAAUAUAUAAAAUAUUCAAAGUAGUAUGUUAUACAAUAUUUAAUACAUAAAAUGCAUUAAAUUUCCUAUCCUACAUUUGUUCUUUUAAUUCGCAAAAUUAUAAAUUUGCAUGAAAAUAAUGCAAAAUAUAAUUAUUGCAUAAAUAGUAGUUUAACGAUAACACUAUAAAUAGCUCGGUUUCUUUAAAUUUCACAAAAUUGCGAUUUUGCUCGCCUCCGGGUAAAUGCGAAUCAUCACGGAACUGUUCAAACGUCAGCCUAGCCCCGGUUAACCCCUUGACAACGGUAUCUCGUAGGAGUCAAGGGUUUUUCAUGUACACAACUUGCGUGUGUCAGACGUAAACAUUAUUUAUGUAACAUAUUGUAAUAUUGCAUUAUAUGUAGCCUCUAAUGAAUAUAAAGAAUAAAAUUAUUGCAGUUCUACCGGUAAUUUUCUAAUUUAAUCUAAUAUGGUCAAAGAUGUUUUUAAUUAAAAUACCCCGAAAAGUUAUUCCACUCUAGGAUGUAAAAUAAUAAAGUAAUUGAACUAAAUGAGUAUUUUAAAUAGUUAUUUUUUAUCUGCAAUACAAAUAAAAUGCCGAAGCAUGGCGAGUACAGAGUAUUUUAUGGAAAUGGACGCACUUAUAUACAUAAUG